AUGAGUAAUAUUUAUAUUGAAAAAUGUGAAGAUGGGAAUACUAUUUAAUAUGAUGGUUGUUAUAAUUGUAAAUAUUAAUGUUAACCUUAAUGUACAAAAUGUAUAAAAGGACAAUGCUUUGAGUGUACAACUGCUGGUUUCUAUAUUGAUCCAACUGUUAGUCCUUGGUAAUGUAAAGAAAAAUGUGGAGAUUUUCUAAUAGUUGGGAACGAAUAAUGCGAUGAUGGAAACACUUCUGAUACUGAUGGGUGUAAAGAUUGUAAGUAUUUCUGUAGAAGUGAUUGUGCUUCUUGUGAUUAUACAACCAAAAAUGCUUAAGUUGUUAAUUGCCUGGGUUUGUUCCUAACUCUUACUAUUGUAAAAAUUUAUAUGGAGAUGGUUUAGUCGUAGUAGAUCCUUAUGGAUUCAAUACAGAGUAAUGUGAUGAUGGUAAUACAAUUAAUAAUGAUGGCUGCAGCAGCUCUUGUUCCCUUUUAGUGUUAGCCAACAAGUAUUUGCACAAGUUGCAUAAAUAAUAGAUGUGAAAUAUGCGCCACUGGAUAUUAUCUUUCUAAUGAAAAAGUAUGUAUACCGAUUUGUGGAGAUUCUCUAAUUGUGAUUGGUGAAUAAUGUGAGAAUUCAUAUAUAUUACCAUAUAAAGGUUGUUAAAAUGGUUAAGCAAAAUGUCAAAUUCUUGUCUCAUAUGUAAUACUACUGGGCUUGGUUGUUUAAAAUGUCAAUUAGGUUAUAAUAGAAUUGAUAAUUUAUGUUAUUCAAAUUGUGGUGAUAAAAUAAUAACUAAAGAUGAAUAAUGCGAUGAUGGCAACUUAAUUUAUGGAGAUGGAUGUCAUUUCUGUCAAUUUAGUUGCCAGGAUUCAUGUCUUACUUGUCUAAAAGGAAUCUGUUAUGAUUGUUAAGAAGGUUAUCAAUUAAUAUCUCCUAAUGAAAUUUGCAGUUUAAUUGAUCAUAAGAUGA